AAUGCGAAUGGCACUUAAAGAAGAAGCAGCAGAGGGAGGAAUUUCAACAAAUUACCGAGGAAAAAGGCAAGAAACGGUCGAAAAAAAACUCCUCACCACACACACACGGCAAAAAUACCGACACAGUAGGGCACACAAAUUACACGACCGCGGAAACCAGGUUCGGAAACCCCAGCUUAGAUGAUGAGCAGCAGAACGCAGGACGCGGACGGUGCCUCGAUCAGAUUCAGCGACCACACACUGGACAAGGCCACCAAGGCCAAGGUGACGUUGGAAAACUACUACAGCAACCUGGUGACGCAGUAUGGAGAACGGAAGCAGCGCCUGGCGAAGCUGGAGGCGCAGCUGAAGGACGAGAGCCUGUCGGAGGCGCAGCGCCAGGAGAAGCGGCUGCAGCAUGCCCAAAAGGAGACGGAAUAUCUCCGGCUCAAACGAUUGCGCCUCGGCGUGGAGGACUUCGAAGCGCUGAAAGUCAUUGGACGCGGCGCAUUUGGCGAGGUUCGUCUUGUUCAGAAAAAGGACACGGGUCAUGUGUACGCCAUGAAGGUGCUGCGCAAGGCCGACAUGCUCGAAAAGGAGCAGGUGGCUCAUGUACGCGCCGAGCGGGAUGUCCUCGUCGAAGCGGAUCACCAGUGGGUGGUCAAGAUGUACUACAGUUUCCAGGAUCAGGUCAACUUAUAUUUGAUAAUGGAGUUUUUGCCUGGCGGUGAUAUGAUGACGCUUUUGAUGAAGAAGGAUACGCUAUCUGAGGAAGGCACACAGUUCUAUAUCAGUGAGACGGCAUUGGCGAUCGAUUCGAUUCACAAACUCGGUUUCAUACACAGGGAUAUCAAACCAGAUAACUUGCUGCUGGAUGCGCGAGGACAUCUCAAGCUUUCUGACUUCGGACUUUGCACUGGCCUAAAGAAGUCACAUCGAACAGACUUUUAUCGGGAUUUGUCUCAGGCGAAACCAUCGGAUUUCAUAGGCACUUGUGCCAGUCCCAUGGAUUCGAAGAGGCGUGCCGAGUCAUGGAAACGAAACCGACGAGCCCUUGCCUACAGCACGGUGGGAACGCCGGACUAUAUUGCACCCGAAGUAUUCCUGCAGACUGGCUAUGGACCCGCCUGCGACUGGUGGUCCCUGGGAGUCAUCAUGUACGAAAUGCUGAUGGGGUAUCCCCCAUUCUGCUCGGACAAUCCACAGGACACCUACCGCAAGGUGAUGAACUGGCGCGAGACGCUGAUAUUUCCCCCAGAGAUCCCCAUCUCGGAGGAGGCCAAGGAGACGAUCAUCAACUUCUGCUGCGAGGCCGAUCGCCGGCUGGGCUCCCAGCGCGGUCUCGAGGAUCUGAAGUCAGUGCCGUUCUUCCGGGGUGUGGAUUGGGAGCACAUACGCGAACGUCCCGCAGCCAUACCCGUUGAGGUGCGCUCAAUCGACGAUACGUCCAACUUCGACGAGUUUCCCGAUGUGUCGCUGGAGAUACCAUCGGCGCCCAUACCGCAGGGCGGUGAGAUUGCCAAGGACUGGGUCUUUAUCAACUACACGUACAAGCGAUUCGAGGUGCGAAAUUUGGAGUGAAACUCGAGCAGGAGCUGAAGCAGGAAUCAGAAACAGAUCCGGAGCAGGAGCAGAAGCAGCUUGAAGGUUGCCGCACUUUGCCACCCAUUUUAUCACCACCACAGCCGUCGUCUCUCUAACACCAUCACCACCAAGAGCAUACUCCACGCUAAACGAAAACCCCAAUUCUCCUUUUUGAAUGUCUUACCUACAUGUGUAUUUAAAUACUAGCUAACAUUUGUGAUUCCAAACAAAAAGAAGAAUAUGAUAACGCGAACAAACGAUGUAUUGUAUGUAAAAAAAAAAAGAUUUGCUUAAAGCGUCACCCGCGCCUCGGGUUAGGUUUAAACGCUAUACUAAUCCUCCCAUGUCCUUCCAUUGGCUUUGUUCGAUCCUAACCUUAACCGUUUAAACGUUGUGUUUGUAAACCAGAAUCCCAUUAAGGACCCAUUUGGCAAUUCUUUAUAUAUAUAUAUUGUUUACUUCAUUGGGCAGCAGCAAAAUACCCAUACAUUUAUUAUUUAGUCAAUUGAGAAAUGUUAUAACUUUUAGGCACGUUAAUUAUACGUUUGUUUUGUAUCAAUUUAUUAUGAAACAAAGUCUUAAUACAUAGUAAAACCUAAAACCACACAAAACGCAAUCGCAAAUACGCAAAAAACGAAUCGAAAAUUUAUCACACAAAUUAGUUACUAAUGCCAAUAGCAACAAACGAAAAUCUAGACAGCAAAAUAAACAACAGUAGGUUCAAAUAUGGGUUUCGUUCUAUGUACACCUUCCCCACCCACUCCUACGGAUACGAAUAUAUAUUUAAAACAUUCUACUGUAGCUCUUCCCGCUGGAGUUUUGAGUUCCACGUAAUUGUAGUUUGAGCAAAAAGUGAAAUAUUGAACAAGUUACCGUGUUACCGCUGGCAAGUAUAAAUAUAAUUACAUAGCAAACACUCUACCCCGAGCAGUUGCAGAACGCAAACUUAAAAUAAUUGAUAAUAUACCUAUAAAUAAAUUAAACGAGUAAACAAGUUUUAAGAAAUUAUUUUUGGUAAUAGAAUACAAUAAUAGUAAGCAUACUGAUAAUUCGAUAAUAACGCUACACAGCAACAUGAAAUGCAAUAAUAAAUGAAACAUGUGCAUAAUAA